UUUUAAAUAUUAGGAUGACUGUGAAGUCACAAAGUUGACGUGUCAGAACAUUGAAUUGUAAAGGGAUAGAUUGGUGACAACUGACAACAGACACUGAAUCUGACAACGACCGGUUGGGCGUUGUUACUUGUUUACGGAGUGUACGGUACGGUUAUAUGCGAGGCCCACUUAUUAUUUUCCAUCUGGGUUCUCAACCUCCUGGAAUAUGGCAGAAUUAUGUGGCGAGGGAGAAAAUAAGAAGCAAGAAACGGACGUCAAUUUGAUCGAUUGCUUAUUGAAUCAUAUGGAGAUUAGUGUUUCGGAAUCAGAGAAGCGUGCUACAUCUGCGUUAAAUAUCAGGGAGUGCUAUAUCGUAUACCUAAUCAAGACGAGGAUUACACAGAAUGGCUGGAACCUUACUGAGCAUGGCCUAGGACAGAUAUGGAGAAGGUAUUCUGAGUUUGAACAGCUUCGAUAUUAUCUGUCCAACACAUACCCUUGGGCUGUGAUCCCACCUCUUCCUGAGAAGAAGCAUUCCUUUCCUGUUCAUACGCUGCCAACCGACUCUUUCAAUCCAGACUUCAUCGAUCGAAGGCGUGUCGGCUUGGAGAAUUUUCUUCACCGUGUUGCACAACACCCGACGAUCUCGAGAGACCCCAUGUUCCUGAUAUUUCUCCAGCAAGAAGAAGGCUGGAAAAAUAGCAUGAAAGACAUAGGAUACAUGCGGCUGGCCGAGGAAAAAAUCAAAACGCUCAACGCUAUAGUCAGGACUAAAGAAGUCGACCCUGACUUUGAACAAAUAAGGCGCUACAGCGAUGGAAUUCAAGGAGUGUUGAGCAGUGUGCUGAGAAUCCGCUCAAGGGCUGCGUUAAAACGGUUCAACAUUUACAAGUGGCAUGCCGGCUACGGUAAAGUAUUCAGCGAAUGGAGCGCUAUCGAAAAAGAGAUGGGCGAUGGCUUGCAACAAGCUGGACAUUAUUUCGACUCAGUAGCAUCUGGAAGUGAGUCAUUUUUAGAAGAUGAAGAACUCAUAAUGGACCAAUUAAAAGAGUACCUGCUUUUUGCUUCAUCACUCGGUGACGUGUGUAACAAAAGAGCAAUGUUACAGUUAGAAAUAGAAAAGUUGCAUGAUCUGAUUAAAGCCAAGACUUCAGAAAAAGAAAAGAUUACUCAAGGAAAAUAUGGAAUGCUAUCUCGUCUUCUUGGUUCACCUGAAAAAGAAGAUAAAGACCGCAAAAUAGCACAAAUUGAUCAGAAAAUUGCAGCAACCCAGGAGAAAAUCGCACAAUCUGAAAGAGCUUUAGAUGAAUUCAAGCAAAAAGCACUUUCUGACUUUGAAAACUUUAAAAAGACAAAGGAAAAAGAUCUGAAGGAUACGCUAGAAGUGUAUAUUAAACAUGAAAUCAAAAUGGCCAAGAAGGGAAUGCAAGCUUGGAAAAAUAUACAAAACUGCAUCGAUAGUAUUUCGACAUCAUAACAUAAAUGUUUGGACUUAUGGAUGAUAAAUUUUGUACAAAUGUAAUAUAACGGUGCCAACUUGUUUAAUAUUAUGAACUAUUUAUUUAUCAACAAUUUUCAUACACUUAUAAAA